GCGGUAUUUAACGAAGAAGAACACAAACAAAAAAACGCUUAACAAAUCCUUGGCUCUCUCGCACUCGCUCUCUGCUUCGUUCCACCACUCGUCACUCGUGGAGUCACUCGUUCAAUUCGUACGAUCUCUUUCUCACGCUCUCGCUGCAAGCACAAAUAACGGUUAACCCGAGUGCCUGGCGCCAUUCCGUUCGUAGUUCUUGCCGGUACUCCAUCCAUAGCGAUCGUCUCGUGUGCGCAACUUUGACCCCCCUCCUUCGUGUUCGUGCUCGUGCUCGUGUGUGUGUGUGCAAAUCAAUUAACUAAAUUUUUUGUUGUUGUUAAUUUUUUGUUCCCGUCGCUAUUUGUUUAUCUUUGCUGAGCCAUUAAAUUAAGCAAAGAAAAACCCGAGAAAUCAGGCCGACCAAAUACAGUAAUUCCGAGUGCAAAUCCAUAGAAGCAGAAAUGGCCGAUAUUCAGACCACCGAGGAGUACAGGCUGCACUUGGAGGAGAUCUUGCCCGAUCUGGAUGCCAACAAGGAUGGCUUCAUCGAUCUGCACGAGCUGAAGGAUGCCCUCAAUCAGGUGGGAUUCAAGCUGGCCGGCUAUCAGGUGCGCGAGAUGAUCGAUGAGUUCAAGAGCAAACAGAGGACGGCGCAUCAGGGCAAGCUGAAUCUGGAGGAGUUCGAGACGCUGUGCUUGGACCUGAAGAGCAAGGAUGUGGCCAGCACGUUCAAGACGGUGGUGUCCAAGAAGGAGAACCUGGAGACGCUCGGCGGCAUGUCGAGCAGCUCGUCCGAGGGCACAACGCACUCGGUGCGCCUGGAGGAGCAGCUGGCCUUCUCCGACUGGAUCAACUCGAAUCUGGGGCACGACAAGGACCUGCAGCAUCUGCUGCCCAUCGACAGCGAGGGCAAGCGGCUGUAUCUGAGCAUCAAGGAUGGCAUCUUGCUGUGCAAGAUCAUCAACCACUCCUGCCCCGACACCAUCGACGAGCGCGCCAUCAACAAGAAGAACCUGACCGUCUAUCGCGAGUUCGAGAACCUGACGCUGGCCCUCGUCUCCUCGCAGGCCAUCGGCUGCAACAUUGUGAACAUCGAUGCCCACGACCUGGCCAAGGGCAAGCCCCAUCUGGUGCUGGGUCUGCUCUGGCAGAUCAUCCGCAUCGGCCUCUUCAGCCACAUCACCCUGGACAGCUGUCCCGGCCUCGCCGGCCUCCUCUUCGACAACGAGCGUCUCGAGGAUCUCAUGAAGAUGUCGCCCGAGGCAAUUCUCCUGCGCUGGGUCAACCACCAUCUGGAGCGUGCCGGCAUCUCGCGCCGCUGCACCAACUUCCAGUCGGACAUUGUCGACUCCGAAAUCUACUCGCAUCUGCUCAAGCAGAUUGCCGGCAACGAUGCCGACGUCAAUUUGGAUGCGCUGCGCGAGGCCGAUCUGCAGCAGCGUGCCGAGAUUAUGCUCCAGCAGGCGGGCAAGCUCAACUGUCGCAGCUUCCUCACGCCCCAGGACGUUGUCAACGGUGUCUACAAGCUGAACUUGGCCUUUGUCGCCAAUCUGUUCAACAACCAUCCCGGCCUGGACAAGCCCGAGCAGAUCGAGGGACUCGAGUCCAUUGAGGAGACGCGCGAGGAGAAGACUUAUCGCAACUGGAUGAACUCGAUGGGAGUGUCCCCGCACGUGAAUUGGCUGUACUCGGACCUGGCCGAUGGCCUGGUUAUCUUCCAGCUGUUUGACGUUAUUAAGCCGGGCAUCGUCAACUGGAGCCGCGUCCACAAGCGCUUCACGCCGCUGCGCAAGUUCAUGGAGAAGCUGGAGAACUGCAACUAUGCCGUCGAUCUGGGCAAGCAGCUGAAAUUCUCGCUGGUCGGCAUUGCUGGCCAGGACUUGAACGAUGGCAAUGCCACACUGACGUUGGCGCUCAUUUGGCAGCUGAUGCGCGCCUACACGCUGUCCAUUUUGUCGCGACUUGCCAACACCGGCAACCCCAUCAUCGAGAAGGAGAUUGUGCAGUGGGUGAACAAUCGCCUGGCGGAGGCCGGCAAGCAGUCGCAGCUGCGCAACUUCAACGAUCAUGCCAUUGCCGACGGUAAGAUUGUGAUCGAUCUGAUCGAUUCAAUCAAGGAGGGCAGCAUCAACUACGAAUUGGUGCGCACCAGCGGCACGCAGGAGGAUAAUUUGGCCAAUGCCAAGUAUGCCAUCUCCAUGGCCCGUAAGAUCGGUGCCCGCGUAUACGCCCUGCCCGAGGACAUUACCGAAGUGAAGCCAAAGAUGGUAAUGACCGUCUUUGCCUGCAUGAUGGCCCUCGACUAUGUGCCCAACAUGGACAGUGUCGACCAGAACAAUCACAACAACAGCACACCAGUUGUUGCCACCAACAACAGCAAUUAGCAAGCAGCCAACCGCCAGCAGCAACUCAAUUAUAAAAUAUAUAAAACAAAAUGAAGGAAUUAUGGAUAAGCAUGAGAUUGAGAAUUAGAACGAAGGGGAAGACUAAACAAAGCGUUUUUCGUAUUUGCUAAUUUACUCUA